AUACCAGCAUGAGUAGUUUAGAUAAAGAGGAACUGAAAAAACAGAAGGGUUCGUUGCUCCUCGCAUGGCAGGUGCGUGACAAGCACUGUCUUGUGAUCGGUGCCGGAGAUGUGGCUUUGAGCCGGGUGCAUCACAUGAUCAAGGCCCAGGCAAACAUCACGGUGGUGACAGGCGAUUCAAGAAUUCAUCCAGAAAUUCUUGAAUUGUACGACUCAGGAAAGAUUUUUCGGCUCGAGAAACGGCCGUAUCAGUCCAGCGACUUGACGAUGUACCGCCAGGGCGCCAGCAUCUCGUUCGACGUGGAAUCGCUUUCUGAGGACCAAUAUGCUCAGAUCAUCGAGUACAACCACAAACACCAAUUCGAAGUGGUGUGCUGCUGCAUUGACGACCAUGAGUUGUCGACCAAAAUCUACUACCAGUGCAAGGUGUUGGGGCUCAACGCCAACAUUGCCGAUAAACCCGAGCUUUGUGACUUUUACUUCGGCAGUAUGAUCAACAAGGACAGUCUUCAGAUCAUGAUUUCGACGAACGGGAAAUCGCCACGGCUUCUGAAGAUGAUCAAGGACACCAUUGUCAAACACAUAGACUGUGACGCCAACAAGGCCAUUGAUAAUUUGAAUUUGGUGCGGUUCACGUUGAGACUGAGGAAGUUGCUGCAAAAUGAUACGAGCACCAUCGAGCUUCGCAUGGCAUGGAUCAAGAAUUUGACCGAUUUUUUCACGAUUUCGCAGUGGAGCGAGGUGGACAUCAAUGACCAUAAUGUAAAUAUGAUUGUGGAUUACUACCCUGAGUAUCCACCACGGGAGUUUGAAGCAUUUCAGCAUCUAUUGCAAGGUCUGGGUCCAGAGGGGGCAGAAACCAGUACAUAGCUGGUUCCAUGGUCUAGCGGUAUGACGUCUCCUUCACACGGAGAAGAUCCCGGGUUCGAUCCCCGGUGGGAUCAUAUUUUUUCUUUUUUUGGGGAUUUGCAUCCACCGUAGGCAUGGCAGGUGUCUGUGCCGGGGAACCUACGACUAUCCUUAUCUAAUUUAUACAUUAUCACCU